AUGCCUGUGGCUCUGGCCGCCUUUGGCGGCUCUCGGCCGAGACGACCUGCUCAAGUUGGAGAUUCCAGAAAACCACGGCACUCAGGAGUAAGCGACGACACACAUCAUCUCAACGUUGUCAGACUCUACAAGGCAUUCAAAUCGGAACCCAAGGAAGAACAUGUAGAAGAGCGAGUAGGCGAUUUGGUGGCAUCCGCGGCUUCGCAGGAGAGCCCAAAGGAGAUUGACCCUUUCACUUCACAAUGCGUACGAGACUUUGCUCAACCAUGUCCAGAAGGUUGGACUAAGGUUGACGACAUGUGUGAGGCGCCAGCCUCGUACAAGGGUGACUGUGCACGGUCGGUGGACACGAGCGAAUUCACGGUGGAGCGCAAAAUGCUUUUCAUGGAAGACUGCAAAGUGGAAUGGCCCUGCAAGAGCGCAGUCGACAAAACCGAUGCGCAGUACUGUCAGGAUACAGAAAGAAACUUUCUGCAACCGUGUCCGGAGAACUUUCUGCGGCAUAAGCAGGACUCAGGUUACGUCUGCGUCCCCGACUUCUCCGGAUACAUGGGACCAUGCAAUUCGAUCGUGGACUUCACAGACUUCACUAGGGAGUCGAAGAUGAUAUGGGCGCAGACAUGCGGUACUACGUGGCCAUGCAUGACUGUUUGUCCCAAGGUUUUCGAUCGCUGUCCACUGGACUGGACCAUGGCACCGGACGGAGCAUGCGACGCGCCAGCGUCGUACAAAGGACCCUGUGAGAAACGCGCAUACUUCACGUAUUACACCCAGGAGAUGAAGCGCAAGAAACUUCUAGAAUGCGAUAUCCCUUUCGAAUGCAGCUCCGAUUGCAAGCGUGACUACAACAGGUGCCCUGUGCUUUGGAAAGAAGAGUCAGGUGGAUAUUGUGUGCUUCCCAGCGGUGCAUUCAGUUGCCGCGACAUUCUGAUCGAUAUUUUGAAGCAGGCUGGCCGACCGCAUGCUACCCUGGGCAGCAACGCGUUCGAUUUGCGUUCACUGGACAUCGAAUCGAAGAAGCUGUUCGAGUCUAAAUGUAGCAACGUGGUGUUUCCAUGCAUGGAGGACGAUGACGGUAUAAAUUGGUCGCUCCAGUGCCCCAGAGGUUGGACAAUAAGCGCGGAAGAUCUCCGUAGCUGCCGCCUUCCUAAAGUGAACGAUGAAGAUCUUUGCCAAUCGCAAGUCAUUUUCAAUGACGAGGAGGAGAAACGCGCUUUUGCUUCCCGUUGCCAGAUCAACUGGUCGGGAACGCAGGGGUCCACUACCCCAGCCACUAGCGCCACCAAAGCUGCAAAAGAGGAAGACCACGUAAGCGGUCCAAUAACAGACAUUGGCAGCGUUCAUGAGGUCAACAAGACACCCGACCAGGCACCGUCGACGCCUCAGGCAACAGAAAGGCAACAGACCCGAUCAGCGAGAAAGAAGUUACCUAGAGAAAAGAUUGUAUCUGCCGUUCGCGGGGUAUUAGACGUAGGCCCCUACGUCGUGGGACAAAUGCGCUCCCACAAUCGCAGGCUCUUCAAGGGGUUCACCCGAGAAGUCCAUUUGUUGCCAGGGUCCACAUAG